AUAAAAAGAAGAUGAAAACGAAAUCGAGGAGAAACCAGAUGAAAUAAAUACACGCCCCGUAAAGGCAAAUGGAGUGGAAAGAGUCAUAGGGUUCAAAAAUAGACAGACAGAAGUCUUCUUGUAUCGAAAGCUUCUGGAUUCUGAACGUAGUUUCUCGUUCGGGCACUACCAAGUGAUUAUCGAGGAAGGUGCUACGAAUUUAAGCUAUCCUCUGAAACCUCAUCGGUCUGGAACAAGAAGAAUCUUUUCGGGCCAAAAAAAAAACAAAAGAAAAAAAGAAAGAGGAAUCUUUGGUCAGGCGGACUGUUGGAGGAAGUCGGUAUACGAUGGCCGACACCUCGAAAGAAGAGCCGCUCCCCCUGAUCAAGCGUAUGAUAUCUUUUCUCACGAUGAGGUAUCUAAUCUCUUUGCAAUCUUGCUUCAUACUAUGGAUUCACGUUCUAUUGGGGCAGUUGCGGGUCUUGCUGUUUUAGUUUUCUUCACUUGGAGACUAUUGAGAUCCCCUAGUGGAUCUCAACGUAGGCAAAGGAAGCGACAAACUGCUGCACCUGAUGCUUCUGGUGUAAAUACUCAAUCUAGUGCCUCAUUGACUGCAUCUGGGGUUUGUUCACCGUUAGAUGUUUCAAGGGCACAAAAUGUUGUUGAUGGGUUUGUACAGCCAGUAAAGCCAACCUUGGGGCAGAUAGUUCGGCAGAAGUUGAGUGAAGGAAGAAAGGUAACUUGUAGCCUUCUAGGAGUGGUCUUUGAGGAAAGUAGUCCAGAGGAGCUUCAGAGACAAGCUACUGUGAGGUCUUCUGUGCUGGAAGUGUUGUUGGAGAUUACAAGAUUCUGUGAUCUAUAUCUUAUGGAACGAGUUCUGGAUGAUGAAAGUGAGAAAAGAGUUCUUGUAGCAUUAGAAGAGGCUGGGGUUUUCACUUCAGGUGGUCUGGUCAGGGACAAGGUCCUCUUCUGUAGCACAGAGAAUGGGCGGUCAUCAUUUGUUCGGCAGUUGGAACCAGAUUGGCAUGUUGACACAAAUCCGGAAAUUAUCUCUCAGUUAGCUAGGUUUAUCAAGUACGAACUUCAUGUCUGUCCUUUUAGAACCGAACGAACUGCUGCUAAUGUGUUCAGUGCUUCAUCCCUGGAACAGUUCUUUGGAUCUAUAUGAAACUCAAUCUACUAGAAGAUGAAUUGUUAUUCGUGAAGUUGAUUUCAGUUGUUUCCUUCUGGAUCUUGGCCUCUAGCGACCAUACUAGGUAGAUUUUCUUCAAACUUGUGAGGGUGUUGUCCCUGGGUCUUCAGAUGAAUACCGUGCAUCCGUAUCAAAGAAGAAAUUUUAAUCUUUUUUUUUUUUGCCCUUUAUACUUGAGCUUUGUGCAAUAUAUUGGAUCAAAUGAUAUGCCACUGUAUAAAAAUGGUCGUCAUCCUUACUUUACAGGCUAUAGAAAAGUCCCUCUUUUUUUUUUUUUUGACAAAAGAAAAAUCUAUUGAUCCUUAUUUGUACAGCCACGAAACAUAGUAUUUUUCUCUUUAUAUUUGUAGUUGGUCAUGUUUCUGGCAUUAGAAUUCACUGUUUCAAAUCAACGAUGUGAUAACCUAAUCAGCAUUCGUGCCAGUUUGAAACUGUUUUCUGGCUGGUGGUUCAUUUGCAUAUAUAUGAAAAGUAAUAGGGUGAAGGUGUAUAUUUGCUUUUGAUGUA